UACAUUUAUGUACAUUUUUAGCGGAAUUAUAUGACAUUUUGAUGACCUUAAAUGACCAGUACUAUCCUAUUGGUAAAUUUUGGGCAUUCUUUCUGCCAGUAGUAGCCUUCUGUCAUCCCGAUGAUGUAGAGACAAUAUUGAACAGCACAAAACAUAUCGAAAAAAGUUUAAUUUAUGAUGUUGUAUUCCCAUGGUUGGGUACUGGUCUUGUCGCCAGUGGAGGCGCAAAGUGGCAUUCACGACGAAAACUGUUAACCCCUUCAUUUCAUUUUAAUAUAUUGCAGCAGUUUGUUGAGAUUUUGAUCGAGGAAGGUGAAAAUAUGACUAACGCUUUGAAAAAUACAGGAAACACAGUUGUGAAAGAUUUAACACCAUUUAUUAGUGAACAUACGCUGAAUGCAAUAUGUGGUAUGGUAUUCUGUUCUUAACUAUACAACAUUUUAAUUGUAUUAAAAAAUAAUAUAGGACAGAAUG